GAAUGAGCAUCACAAAACCUCAAGGCUCGAAUCCACGGGACGUCAGCGCUAUGAAAGCAUUGAACGAAACAUAGAGCUGGGUCAUAUCAAAAGAGAGGCGUUUAUCUCCUUCAUUCAGAAAAACGAAAACCCAGCUCAAAAGAACCGCAAAGAGGCCUUGAUUAAGAAGGCCCAAGUAAUGAUGCGAUUGGCUCGUUGGAUCCACAACAUUUGCUUUCAUCCCACCAUGGACGUGACAACUACCAAAAAUUUGAACGUGGCUCUUUUGGGCCUGGCCUUCAUGCUCAUAUUCACUGCAUUCCAAACCAUGGGAAACAUUCAGACCACACUGCUCCAAUCGGCCGCCAAUCCAGAUUCUUCGGGUUUUGUCCCCGGGUUUCACGGCUCCGGUUACACCUCGUUAGCCAUCAUAUAUGCGGUCUUUGCCACGGCUAAUUGGGUCUCUCCACCCGUGGUAGCCUGGUUGGGCUCUCGAUUGACCAUGGUGGUGGGAGCUUUACUGUAUGCUGUGUUCAUCGCUCAAUUCUAUUGGCCCAAUGACAUUCUUCUAUACGGGUCUUCGGCCUUGAUCGGCUUGGGAGCGGCCAUUUUAUGGACCGCUCAGGGUAACUUCCUCACCUUGAACUCGGAUAGUGCCACCAUGACCCGGAAUUCUGGCGUGUUUUGGGCUAUGCUUAUGUCCAGCAAUCUGAUUGGCAAUACGUUUGUGUUCUUUCAAUUCCGAGGCUUGACUGACAUCGAUGAGCACACCCGCAGUGUGGUUGUCAUUGUGCUUUUAGUCAUUAGUUUGGCGGGUACGGCGGUUCUGUUCUUGUUGCGGAAGCCCAGUUGGACUUUGGACGGGCCUCAGGCUCCGGACACACCCACUCAAGCAUUCCAGAAGGCUUGGCGGUUGUUCCUGACGCCUCAAAUGCUUCUACUGUGCGUCACGUUUUUCUACACCGGAUUGGAGUUGACCUUUUGGAGUGGUGUGUAUGGUCCAAGUAUUGGAUUCACCAAGGCCUUUGGACUUCAGGCCAAGAGCUUGGUGGGACUUCAUGGCAUUCUGAUCGGUGCCGGUGAGAUUGUGGGCGGUCUUUUGUUCGGCAUUUUUGGCCAUGUGGUGGUGAAACGGGGACGCGAUCCCAUCAUCAUCCUGGGCUUCCUGACCCAUUGUAUUACCUUCUUCGGUAUCUUCUUAAAUUUGCCGAAUAGUGCGCCUUCAGGGAAUGCGGAUCAUGCCUCCGCCUACAUAGAGAGUAACGCCUACUUGGCUAUAGCUUGCAGCUUCUCUUUAGGAUUCGGAGAUGCUUGCUACAACACGCAAAUAUUUUCUAUUCUGGGCAGUGUGUAUUCGGAUAACUCAGCGGGUGCCUUUGCCCUCUUCAAGUUUGUCCAAUCGACUGGAGCAGCCCUGGCGUUCUUCUACUCGUAUGUGGCACCUUUGUAUUACCAAUUGCUUUUCUUAGUCAUUCUAUGUGUUCUGGGAACCCUCACAUUUCUGCGAGUCGAGCUAAACACCCGACGAGCCGCGGGAAGUAUUCCCGUUCCAACCGUUGACGAUAACGAGAGCUUUCAAGGAGACAUUGUGGAACAACCGGGGAAUCAGUUAGUGCAUUGAAUUGAAUUAACUAAUCACAAUAUGUUCUAUUUCAACGAAUACAAUAUUUUCCGUUUGACUAUGA